GGUUUUAUCAAAUCCAAAAAAAAUAAAAUUUGUCUCUACUCUUUACAAACAUAAAACCUAAUAUAUACUCCUCAAAUUGAGUCAUUUUUCAUUAUAGAAAAAAAAUAUAUAUUACACUGUUGUUUUGAUCUACAAAUCAAUUAUGUGGUUAUUUGGAUUAAAAGGAGCAUCUGGUUUCUCUGCUUCAUCUACAGCUGAAGAAGUUACUCAAGGAAUUGAUGCUACUGGACUCACUGCCAUUGUUACAGGAGCGUCUAGUGGUAUUGGUGCAGAAACAACGCGUGUCCUUGCAAUGCGAGGCGCACAUGUAGUAAUGGCAGUUCGCAAUGUAAAAAGUGGCGAAGAAGUUAAAGAAAGUAUUCUUAAAGAUAUCCCCCGGGCCAAACUUGAUGUAAUGGAGCUGGAUCUCGGUUCCAUGGAAUCCGUUAGGAAGUUUGCAUCAGAAUAUAACUCUACUGGUUAUCCUCUGAACAUCCUAAUCAACAAUGCAGGGGUUAUGGCUCCACCGUUCAUGCUUUCUCAAGACAACAUUGAAUUACAGUUUGCAACUAAUCAUUUAGGUCAUUUUCUUUUGACAAAUCUUUUGCUACAAAACCUGAAAAAUACAGCUCAAGCGAGCCAUAAAGAAGGAAGGAUUGUUAACGUUUCAUCAUUGGGACAUCGAUUUACAUACCGUGAAGGGAUCCGUUUCGACAAAAUCAAUGACAAAGAUAGUUAUACGGCAAUACUUGCUUAUGGACAGUCAAAGCUUGCUAAUAUCUUACACGCUAACGAACUUGCAAGGCAUUUCAAGGAAGAAGGAGCGGAGAUAACUGCUAAUUCACUUCACCCGGGAUCAAUUACUACCAAUCUUCUCCGUCACCAGAGUUUGGUUGAAGGUUUAGUUAACUGGAUUGGCAAAUACUUUAUUAAAAACAUUCCACAGGGAGCAGCAACUACAUGCUAUGUAGCUUUGCAUCCUCAGGUGAAGGGAAUAACCGGUGAAUAUUUUUCGGACAGCAAUAUUUCUGCAUCAACUUCUCAGGGUACAGAUGCAGAAUUGGCUAAGAAACUCUGGGAUUUCAGCUUGAAUUUGACAAAACCUCAGUAAAAACAAUGUCAAUGUUGCUUUAACUCAGUAUGUGAUCAUCGCGUAAACUCUUUUAUUUUUCCUUUUCAAAUACUUUCCUUGUAAUGCACAUCUCGACUGGUUUUUGGCUGGGCAAAUCUUGCUGGCUUGAAAAUUUGAAUUUCAUGAUAAUGGUGACAUGUAUUGUUGGUAAUAGCCUCAUCUGUUUACUUGUAUAUGUCUGCAACUAUUGUAGCUUCAAAUUUAAUUCCAUCAAGAUCUUGUGGAUUA